AUGAGUUACCCUACAGAACGAACGAGGCUUCUGGUCGAUCCCAACCCGCCGGAAUACAUCUACAACGCGGCCAUUUCCAGAGAACGCAAACGCCGAGUAAAACAGUUCCAGUGCUGCUUGUGCGCUUUAUUUCUAUCGCUCUUCUCCGUCGUGUUAAUGCUCACUGUAGUCUACAGCAUUCGGAUAAAAUCAGCGCCGAAUCCGGAGGAUAACAACACCACCGUAGAAGCCCCGGUUCUCGUGCUGCUCUCCUACAAUUUCUCCCAAAAACAACCUAAAGAAGGACGAUUAGAAAAUACCACUUUAAUAGCAGAAUCCAUUCAACGAGGGAGGAAGCGUUUGGAAGCUAAAGAUGAAAUCGAGAAGAGCGUUCCUUCAUUGCUCGUCCAGAGUCCCAGUUACCGGCACCAGCGCGUCACCGCCACAUCUGAGAGAGCCAGGAAUUUAUCCAGAGGGGGGUUCAUCGAAGAGUACGCUUCGAAGUACUUGAAUAGGAAUAAAACUAGUGGUGAACUGGUGGAAACGAUUUGCCGAAAACACACCAACCUAUUAGGGGAUCAUUGCAGGACGGAAAUUCCGGAAUGCAACGUGUUGCAGAGACACCGUACAUUCGAUGGUAGUUGCAACAAUUUGGCUCAUCCUGAUAGCUUCGGUGUGGCUUAUACGCCUUUCAGGAGGAUCCUACCGCCGGAAUAUGAAGACGGAAUCAGCAAACCGAGACAAUCCUCACUACCUUCGGCCCGGACUGUCAGCCUAGUGGUGCACCGGCCGUGCUCCAGAGACGACCCCAAAUUCUCGGUGAUGCUGGCCGUUUGGGGCCAGUUCCUCGACCACGACAUCACCGCGACGGCUCUAAGUCAGAAAUCCAACGGCAGUACGAUCUCCUGUUGCGAGCCAUCUACUACAGCCUCUCCGGAGUGCUUCCCGGUGAUCAUCGACCCCCAGGACCCGUUCAGCGAGUACAAUGUCACCUGCAUGGAGUUCGUCAGGUCCGCCCCGGCGGCCACUUGCUGCUUGGGGCCCAGGGAGCAGAUGAACCAAGCCACGGCGUUCAUCGACGGGUCCGUGGUGUACAGCUCCGACGAGAGCUUCGCCAGGAAGCUGCGGACGUUGGUCGGGGGCGAGAUGAAGGUGUUCGUUACGCCGGAGGGCGGUACUUUGCUGCCGCUGUCCGACGAUCCGGGCGAUGGGUGUAAUCGAGAGGAGGAGGAGAGCAGAGGACGGUAUUGCUUUAUGGCUGGCGAUGCGAGGGCGAACGAAAACCUCCAUUUGGUCAGCAUGCAUUUGAUAUGGGUGCGACAACACAACAGGUUGGCAAAGAAUUUAUCGCGGUUAAAUCCCCAUUGGGACGACGAAAGGACAUUCCAAGAAGCGAGGAAAAUAACAGCGGCCCAAAUGCAGCACAUUACCUACAACGAGUUCCUACCGAUUUUAUUAGGCGAACGUUUGAUGGAUAAAUUCGAGCUGUCGCCUUCGAAGAAAGGCUACUUCAGGAAGUACAACGACACUUUGGCGCCCAACAUAGCGAAUUGCUUCGCCACGGCGGCCUUUCGCUUCGCCCAUUCGAUCAUACCGGGCCUGAUGAAGUUGCUGGCCAACGACUCGUCGACGCCCGAGUACGUGCAAAUGCACAAAAUGCUGUUCAAUCCGUUCGAAUUGUACCAAUCCGACAUGCUGGACAAGACGCUGCGAGGCGCCAUGAACGCCAGCAUAGAGGCCAGCGAUUCCUACUUCACCGACGAGUUGAAGUCUCACAUGUUCGAGAGAUCCGUGGAGCAGGCCAAGCAGCCGAAACUGUGCGGGUUGGAUUUGGUUUCGUUGAAUAUACAAAGGGGCAGAGACCACGGGCUGCCGGGGUACGUUAAGUGGAGGCGCCAUUGCGGCUUCGAAAGAGUGCGCAAUUUCGACGAUCUCAAAGGAGUUUUCGAUUCGAAUUCGUUGCGUAACAUAAAAGCGAUUUACCGGAAAGUAGAAGAUGUAGAUUUAUACACGGGAGCCCUAAGUGAAAUUCCGAUGGAAAACAGCAUACUGGGACCCACAUUAACGUGCUUGCUGCUGGAUCAAUUUUACAGGAUUAAACGCGGGGAUAGAUUUUGGUACGAAAAUCCCGGAGUGUUCGAGAAGCGGCAACUGGAUGAGUUGAGGAAAACCACAUUAGCAGGCGUUAUUUGCGAUAACGCUGAUAAUCUGGAUACCGUUCAAAGGAAAGUUAUGGAAACCAUUCGAAAGGGGAAUCGAUACGAGAAUUGCUCGAGCUUGGGGAAACCUGAUUUGAGGCAUUGGAAGGAAAGUUUGGUACAUCUGGAAAUGUCCGGCGGUGAAAAUUUGCAUGUAACCUCUAUUAAUUCUACUGUGUAA